AUGCUGGGUGCCCUGGUCUCAUACAACUAUUCCACCUACGAACUCGUCCAAAAAUGGAUGUACCCACUUCCUAUAACCGAUCAGGAGAAGCAGGUCUAUCGGGACAAAUUGGAGUCUAAGCUACAGAAUCUUAAAACUGUCCGAAAGCUAUCCAAGAAUCCGAACUUGAUCCAGACUCGAUCCUGGGAAUCAUUCAAUACCAUCUCAAAAUUGCCCCUAGAAGACACCGAUCAAUCGGCCAGUGCUAUAAGACAAUCUCUUACCGCACCCGGUGGAAUGGGUAUCUCUCCUUUGAUCUUUUAUGACCCUGAAAAUCACAAAUCUUAUGUCAUCGUUCAUCUCGGUAGAAGACUUUCUGGGUAUCCAUUGAUAGUUCAUGGCGGAAUUCUUGGUUUACUGGUUGAUGAGAUAUUCAAGAAGAGUUGUGGAGCUCAACUGAACGUUCUUGAUAUGAAUAGGCUUCACACUGAGAAGUCUGUACUGAAUUACAAGUCUCCAACCUUUGUUGAUACUUUUGUACUUUUCGAAACAGAGUGCCACGAUCUUGGCAACACGCGUUACAAGGUCACUGGUACACUUCUGAAUGCGGAAAAUGAGAGGAAGUUGGUUGAGGCCGAGACCAUAGUUAGGCAAAGUGCUUUACCUCCUUCUACAAUGUCUAUCCCUCAAGUUGAAUUGAGUAAGAAUUCCAAGAGAUGGCUAUGGUAA